CAGCCUGUGCUGUGCUUACCCUCAAAGGAGCACACCAACACUCACAGCGACACGAUCAUAGUGUGUGUACACCCUCCUGCAGCCUGCACUCCAAACCUACAGAUAAGACGACUGAGAUGAAUCCUGAAGGUGUUCCACUGCAGGGAAGAGGAUAUGAAGGAUAUCCAGGAUAUCCAGGAUAUCCAGGACAGCCUGGAUAUCCAGGACAGCCUGGAUAUCCAGGACAGCCUGGAUAUCCAGGACAGCCUACAGUGCUUCAGUCCACCACUGUGAACAUCGUCACUGAGCCCCCCAAAGACUACAUCAUCUGGUCCCUCUUCUCCUUCGUCUACUCAAACCCUUUCUGCCUCGGACUGGUGGCUCUCAUCUACUCCAUCAAGUCCAGAGAUCGGAAGAUGGUUGGUGAUCUGGAGGGGGCUCGACAUUAUGGAGGAACCGCCCGCACCUUCAACAUUAUAUCUUCUGUUUUGUUUGGCAUAGGGGUCCUAAUCUCCAUUAUUAUGUUCUUUGUGAUCAUUGUGAGACUUCAGGAAAUUUCAUAUAAUCAUUAUGAUUAUGGUUAUUAUAGAAACGGAUAGAAAAUGAACUGUAAAAUCAUUUUGGUUAACUGAAACUAAAAUAAAAACAAGGCUUUGCAAAAUAAAAACUAUAACUUGCCUACCUUUUAACCACUUAUGAACCAAUACGCAGUCUGCGAUCCUCUGGCAGAGCCCUACCGGCUGUUCCAGGC